UUGAACGAUUGACAUAUAUCUAUUGAUAUACAUAUAUUAUUGUUAUGAAACAGUUUGAUAUGAUUUGAAGUCCCUAAUGGCGCAGGCAGACAAAUGCCAGCGCCCGCUUCGAGUGUUGAUAACAGCUGCUGCAGGACAUGUAGCUUAUUCCCUAGUAUUCAUGAUAGCAAAGGGUGCUUGUUUUGGGCCAAAAGUUCCAAUCGUUUUGAUUCUUUAUGACGUUCCCGAAAAUCAGGAUUCCUUACACGGUCUUGCUGUGGAAUUGAACGACUGCUGCUACCCACUCCUGAAUGGUAUCGAAAUAACUCCAGACAUUCAACUGGCGUUUGGUAACUUUUCUGUGGCUUACCUCCUUGCUUCUAGUCCUCAUAAGCCGGGAAUACAACGUGGUGAUCUUAUUGAAGCAAAUGCUCCCGAAUUCAAAAGUUACGGUGAAGCUUUGGAAAAGUAUUCCAGGAAAAAUGUCAAAGUAAUCGUAUACGGUGAUUGCAUGAACACAAAUCUUUUCAUUUGCUCCAAAUAUGCGCCGUCAAUGCCACAAGAGAACUUCACUACAGUCGCACAGUUGAACAUCAACCGGGUAAAAGCUCAAGUGGCUCUCAAACUUGGUGUUCCACCUACUUGCGUUCGUAAUGUUAUUGUUUGGGGCAACGAUUCUUCGACAACCGUCUGCGAUAUCAGUAAAGCUAAAGUAAUAAUAGACGAAAAUGAAGUAAAGGUUAAGAAAGCCAUUGAUGACUGCAACUGGAUUCAACACGAAUUACCGAGCAUUGUCCAACGACGGGAAGAUGACAUUGUGGAUUGCCAAGAGAAAUCGGCUGGAAUUUCAGCAGCCAAAGCUUUGGCACAACACACCCGAUUCUUGUUUAGUAUUUGCGUCCCAAGAAGUUACAUUUGCAUGGGCGUGUUCAGCGAUGGAAGUUACGGGGUACCGUGCGACGUUGUUUCAUUUUUUCCAGUUUGUAUUGAAGAUUGUAAAUGGACGAUUAAUAAGAAUCUUAGUCCAAGCCAGUUCAUACGAGACCUGAUAAUAUUAUCAGGAUGUGAAUUAGAGCAGGAACGAGAUAAAGCACUUGCAAUAUUGGAAGGUUGAUAUGUAUCAAUAAACAACAAACCAAAAUUACAUCAAUAAAAUUUAGGAAAUCAUGAAUGAG